GCAGCAGGAGGAGGAGCAGCAGGAGGAGGAAGAGCGCGGGUACCCCCUUGACCCUCUUCUCCCCGAGCGGAGGGACCGCACCUUCCCGCAAGGCAGUAACAGAGACCUGUCAUACAGGACAUAAGAAAAGAAGGAAAAGUAAAGGGAGAGACCAACAUUCUCAGAAGUUAUUUGUACAAAGGUUUCUUGUCCAUACUUGCGUAACUAUUGCAAGCUGUCUAGUCUUAUGAAGUUGAACUUCAUUCUUCAAGUGUGAUUUACUCAGUACAGCCUAAAAUCAUGAUGAAAAAGAUGRGCAUACCUACAAGCAAAACUUCCCUGGUCCUCUUUCUGUGCCAAAUUAUUUCUGCACUGGAUGUACCUCUUGACUUGUCACAACCUCCUACGAUAACUCAGCAAUCUCCAAAAGAUUACAUCGUUGACCCUCGGGAGAAUAUUGUAAUACAGUGUGAAGCCAAAGGAAAGCCACCUCCUAGCUUCUCCUGGACACGCAAUGGAACUCAUUUUGAUAUAGAUAAAGAUGCACAGGUAACAAUGAAACCAAAUUCAGGGACUCUUGUCAUAAAUAUUAUGAAUGGUGGGAAGGCAGAAGCUUAUGAGGGAGUGUACCAGUGUACAGCAAGGAACGAACGAGGAGCAGCCAUUUCCAACAAUAUCGUUAUAAGGCCUUCUAGAUCGCCUUUGUGGACAAAAGAAAAACUAGAACCAAAUGAUGUUCGUGAAGGUGAUUCACUAGUGCUGCACUGCAGACCUCCUGUUGGAUUACCACCGCCUAUCAUAUUUUGGAUGGAUAAUGCUUUCCAAAGGCUGCCUCAAAGUGAAAGAGUUUCCCAAGGUCUAAAUGGAGAUCUUUAUUUUUCUAAUGUACAACCAGAAGACACCCGGGAGGACUAUAUCUGCUAUGCAAGAUUUAAUCACACGCAAACUAUACAGCAGAAACAACCCAUAUCUGUAAAAGUMAUUUCAACAAAGCCAGUUACAGAAAGGCAGCCAGUUCUUCUAACACCAACAGGUAGCACAAGUACCAAAGUGGAACUCAGAGGAAAUGUGCUUUUGUUGGAGUGCAUUGCAGCAGGAUUACCCACACCAACAAUCCGCUGGAUUAAAGAAGGAGGGGAGCUGCCAGCCAACAGAACAUUUUUUGAAAACUUUAAGAAAACUCUCAAGAUUAUAGAUGUUUCUGAAGCUGACUCUGGGAACUACAAAUGUAUAGCAAGAAAUGCACUAGGUUCAGUUCAUCAUGUCAUUUCAGUAACCGUGAAAGCUGCUCCAUACUGGAUAACAGCACCCAGAAACUUGGUCUUGUCUCCUGGAGAAGAUGGAACAUUGAUCUGCAGAGCUAAUGGCAACCCAAAGCCUAGUAUAAGCUGGUUGGCAAAUGGUGUUCCCAUAGCAAUUGCCCCAGAAGAUCCUAGCAGAAAGGUAGAUGGUGACACCAUUAUUUUCUCACAUGUGCAAGAAAGGUCCAGUGCUGUCUACCAGUGCAAUGCUUCCAACGAAUAUGGAUACUUGCUAGCAAAUGCAUUUGUGAACGUUCUGGCUGAGCCACCAAGAAUUCUAACUCCUGCCAAUAAACUGUAUCAAGUCAUCGCAGACAGUCCUGCAUUGCUGGACUGUGCUUAUUUUGGGUCGCCUAAGCCUGAAAUUGAAUGGUUUAGGGGAGUGAAAGGUAGCAUCUUGCGUGGAAAUGAAUACGUUUUCCAUGAUAAUGGAACCUUGGAAAUUCCGGUGGCUCAGAAGGAUAGUGCUGGUACAUACACGUGUGUGGCAAGGAAUGAAUUAGGAAAGGUACAAAAUGAGGUGCAGUUGGAAAUUAAAGAUCCAACAAUGAUCAUCAAACAGCCAGAAUACAAAGUGAUCCAGAGAUAUGGCCAGGUUUCUUUUGAAUGUAUAAUAAAACAUGACUCCACCUUAUUACCAACGGUUAUAUGGUUGAAAGACAAUGAUGAGCUGCCAGAUGAUGAAAGGUUUCUAGUUGGUAAAGACAACUUGACCAUUAUGAAUGUUACUGAUAAAGAUGAUGGAACAUACACUUGCAUAGUUAAUACUACUCUGGACAGUGUUUCAGCAAGUGCUGUGCUUACUGUUGUUGCUCGGCCAAAUCCACCCUUUGACUUGGAAUUGACAGGCCAGCUAGAAAGAAGCAUUGUGCUUUCCUGGUUACCAGGAGAUGAAAACAACAGUCCCAUUACAAACUUUAUAAUUGAAUAUGAAGAUGCACUCCACGAGCCAGGAGUGUGGCAUUACCAGACGGAAGUUCCUGGAACUCAGACAACAGUGCAGUUGAAGUUGUCUCCAUAUGUCAACUACUCGUUCCGUGUGAUAGCUGUCAAUAAGAUUGGCAGAAGUCAGCCAAGUGAACCAUCUGAGCAGUACCUGACAAAAUCUGCAAGCCCUGAUGAAAAUCCUGCUAAUGUACAAGGGAUAGGCUCAGAACCUGAUAAUUUGGUAAUAACAUGGGAGUCUUUAAAAGGUUUUCAGUCUAAUGGACCAGGGCUUCAGUACAAAGUCAGCUGGCGCCAGAAAGAUGUUGAUGAUGAAUGGACAUCUGUUAUAGUUGCAAAUGUAUCUAAAUAUAUUGUGUCUGGUACACCAACUUUUGUUCCAUAUGAAAUAAAAGUGCAAGCUUUAAAUGACUUGGGGUACGCACCAGAGCCAUCAGAGGUGAUUGGACAUUCAGGGGAAGACUUGCCCAUGGUUGCUCCAGGUAACGUGCAGGUUCAUGUUAUUAACAGCACAUUAGCAAAGGUGCAUUGGGACCCAGUUCCACUGAAAACUGUCCGAGGACACCUUCAGGGGUACAAAGUUUACUACUGGAAAGUGCAGAGUCUAUUCAGAAGGAGUAGACGACACRUAGAAAAAAAGAUCUUGACUUUCAGGGGAAACAAGACUUUUGGAAUGUUACCAGGGCUGGAGCCCUUUAGUUCUUACAAGCUGAAUGUUAGAGUUGUUAAUGGUAAAGGAGAAGGACCAGCAAGCCCAGACAAAGCAUUUAAGACCCCUGAAGGAGUUCCUAGCUCACCCUCCUUUCUGAAGAUUACUAAUCCAACAUUGGACUCUCUGACUCUGGAGUGGGGCUCACCUACCCAUCCAAAUGGUGUUUUGACAUCAUAUACACUGAAGUUUCAGCCAAUCAACAACACACACGAAUUGGGUCCCUUGGUAGAGAUAAGAAUUCCUGCCAACGAGAGCAGCUUGAUACUAAAAAAUUUAAAUUACAGCACACGGUACAAGUUUUACUUUAAUGCACAAACUUCAGUUGGAUCAGGAAGUCAGAUAACUGAGGAAGCAGUAACAAUUAUGGAUGAAGCUGGUAUUCUCCGUCCUGCUGUAGGUGCAGGCAAAGGAUAUUCAGAAAUCCUUUUUGCAACCUCCCCAGUCAUGCACACUGUCCGUCCAACAUUCUAUAAGGUUCAACCACUUUAUCCAAGGAUCAGAAAUGUAACCACAGCUGCUGCUGAGACCUAUGCCAAUAUCAGUUGGGAGUAUGAGGGACCAGAUCAUGCGAACUUUUAUGUUGAAUAUGGUGUAGCAGGCAGCAAAGAAGAUUGGAAAAAAGAAAUUGUAAAUGGUUCUCGAAGCUUCUUUGUCUUAAAGGGUUUAACACCAGGAACAGCAUAUAAAGUCCGGGUUGGUGCUGAGGGCCUGUCUGGUUUUAGGAGUUCAGAGGAUGUGUUUGAGACAGGUCCAGCAAUGGCAAGCCGGCAGGUAGACAUCGCUACUCAAGGAUGGUUCAUUGGCCUCAUGUGUGCUGUUGCUCUUCUGAUCUUGAUUUUACUGAUUGUUUGCUUCAUAAGGAGGAAUAAGGGUGGCAAGUAUCCAGUGAAGGAAAAGGAGGAUGCACAUGCUGAUCCUGAAAUACAACCUAUGAAGGAAGACGAUGGAACAUUUGGUGAAUACAGGUCCAUGUCUACUUGGACAGGAAAGAAACUGGACAAGGAAAAGAAAAGAAAAGGUAGCUGUGCCAAUUCUCCUGAAGCAGACCCUGUCUUUACCAAAUCAAAAUCUGUGAGAUCUGACAGAUCCAACUUCUUCAGAAGGUCAGGGGAUCCAUACUCCAGCACCAGAUCAGAAGCCUCCUACACCAGGAGGAGGGCUAGGCAGUCUUCAGAGCUUACAAGGGUUAGUUCUGUCUCUGCUUCCCUCUGCCAAGAGGAAAAGAGAUCAGACGAAUGGAAGUACAGGCAUGGCUCUAGACAUCAUGCUUCUGAGCAACAGAUAAUGGGGUCGGAGGAGGGCUCAGAUUCUCAGGCAGGACAGCCAUCCCCUUUCCAGCAACCCCUCAGCUGCAACUCAGUUGGUGGCUCACUGGCAAGGCAGCAUCAUUCUCUCCAGCACUGGUGCAGCCAGACCCCAGACUGCAGCUCAGAUUCAGAAGACACUCAGAGCUUCUGCCACAGGAAGGUAAGACCUUCUACUGCCACUAACUUCUCUGAAUCUGAAAAGAGUUCACUAAUGAAAUCCGUAAUCUUGCCUGAGCUGGCUAAUGUCCUAAAGGAUGCUUUGACAGCAGCCAGACAAAGCAUAAUGUCUGUGGCACAGGCUAGGUCCCAUUCAGUGAAGCACCCCAGGGUACCAAUUGCAGAAGUUACAGUGCUUCCUUUAGAAGCAUCCGGGAGCAGUUCCCAGACUUUUGAGUCUGAUCAUAUGGACAGCUUAAAAGAUCAAACAGCUUCUGGGGAGGAGAAACCUGAGGCUGACAAGGCCUUGGAGGUUGAAUCAACCCUUGAAGAUGGGGAGUCAGCAUCUGAGUUCCCUACAGAAGAUCAAGAAGGACCAGAUCCUUUGCGUAAAUUUGACAUGAAGAAUCAGAAUUACCUGUUCAAACACAUAAAGAGGGUGCUAAUGCUAAAGUCUUCAGAAUCUGAAUGUGCUUCAGAAGAACUGCUUAUCCCCUCUGAAGAAGGCAAGGUAGAUAAUGCACUUCCUAUCCAUUCAGCUGUGGAAGAUCUUGUCUGCAGGAUUUGGGGUAAUCCUGAGGCCAAGCAUGAAGCCCCCGCAGUCCUUCGUAAGCUCUAUCCUUUUCCAGUGGAUAAAGCUGCUUUGUGGGGGASCUUGCCUGAGGUAGACAGAGCAUUGUUUGCUGGUGAUUCUGCACUGUCAGUGCCUGAUAAUACGGAUGCUCUCCCUAAAGAUCCUACUGACAGAAAGGUUGAGGAGGCAAUUAAAAGAUCUUUCAAGCUAGUUGCAGCCCAGCUUGGAAUAUCUAUCUACUGCAGUUAUGCUUCUAAAGCAUUACUAAUAUGGUUGGAGGAAGAACGAGCCAGAUUCAAAAAGAAAUGGGUCCCAUCUGGUGCCAUGCAGAGGAAAGGCAGGCUGUGUAAAAUUGCAGCUAAUUUUAUCCAUGAUGCAGCUGAGGAUUCUCUCAAACUCACUGUUAAAAAUGUGGCAUGCCUCACUGUAGCCUGGAGAGCUCUGUGGUUGCGUCCGUGGAGCUCAUUGCUAGAUCUGAAAUGUAAACUGCUGUCUUUACCAUACACAGGGGGCAAGCUAUUCGGGGAAUCCUUGGUCCAGAUCAUGAAGGAUUUCUCAGAACACAAACACUCCUUACACCAGACGAAAAAAAAGAGCUAUGUUGGAAGCUCUUCCUGUUCUCCUCGCAAAUGUCUGAGCUCCUUGCGUUCUCCUCCGAAGUUCAAAGGAGGGAAGGGAACGUAUAAGGUCUCACAAUCAUUUCAUGCCAAGUACGAAAAGACAUCUCACUUUCAGAGAGAUACCAGACCAUCAAGAGGAACUUUCUGAGAACACAGAUUUGUUUCCUAGUUUUUCAGGAACUGAGAAGAGUGAAAGACUUGGAAAUGCUUCAAUAUUUCUGGACAAAUAAACCCAGUGCUUAGAAAAUUAGCUGUUUCAAAAUAAGAUUUAAAUUAUCAAGUUACUUAAAUCUUAAUGACUAAUUAAGAUAUUCUAGAGAAACCAUAGCUCUUAAUUUUAGGGGAGGAUUUUCUCACAUUUCUUUUCUAGGCUUCCCAGUGGUCUUGGGAUUAAUUUGAAGUUUUGCACUCCUCAACUUCAGCUAGGAAUACAUCCUGCAGAAAAGUUGGCUGGUCUGUGGGACCAGGCAACAUCAGAUUUUUCUGUCAUAUUGAUCAGUGAAGGAAAUAAUGCUUUAGGAAAUGCAGGUGUUUCAGGAACGAUGGAAUGAUUGUGUCCACUAUGUUCCUGUGACUGGAUGGAUUCCUUCACUUUCACAUAACAAGGGAAAACAGUGCCUCUGUCGCAAUCUGUACUGCAUUCUUGGUGGUUUUCUGAGAUGCAGAAGACUGAGAUAGUAGAUUGUGGAAAGUCAUUAUCUACACCAAGAACCUGCAAGGAACAGAAUAAGUAUCACAAAUGUAUGUUCAGGUCAGAGUAGGUGUAUAAAUCAGUCUAAAUUUUCCUCCCAGUCCCUAAACUGAGAGAAAUUAAGAAGUUAUGACAGCUGCAGACUCUUGAGUUUAUGAGAAGGAAGACUGGAAGGAAGCAAAUACAAGGGAAAGAUGAAAGUCCAGCAGUCUGGAGAAUGUUAGGAAGAUAAAACAGGACAAAGCAACUACAAGCAAUAGGUUUGAUAGUGUGGWAACACAGGAUAUUAUCAUUUUGUUGAAUUAUUUUACCUCUUUUCAAYAUUUUGAUCAGUAUUUUUUGUAGAAAUUCUUCGAUAUGCUGUGAGAGACUUUGUGGUGGAGAGUUCUGGGAUUGCUAGAUAAUACUCUUCCUUCUUAUUCUGGGUUGAUUAACAAUGAAUAKAAUUUGUAACUACAACAUAGUUUUUUUUCUCUUGUAGUUACUUAGGUGUGUUUGCACAGGGACCUAGCCAUGAUUAGUGUCUCAGCACUGUAAUUCUAAACUUGGUCACUUCCAACACAAGAGGUGUUAUCUCAAUGAACUGCCAGAAGAACUGAAUAGUCCAGUUGGAUUUGGCAGUGAUCCUACUGUAUUUUAAUUUACACACAUGUACUUCCUUUGACARUUAUUGUUUUAAUUCUUGAAUACUUGUGUGAUUAAAAACUUUUUCAACGCAUUGCUAUUUAAAGUCAGAACUUAAUCAUCCAGUUUUUCCAGCUUCAGCCAGGAUCGAAUAUUGAGUAUUACAAAGAUGUUAAAGAAAAAUUACUCAGAAGAUAAUAUAGGUGUGCUUAAGUGUUAGCUAAAUAAGAAAUAAUAUAAUGGUUUGAAGUCUGGAUUGAUACAAGUGCGUAAGUUUGUAGGGAAAGUAUUUGACACCUGCACAGUCCUAAUAACUUAGGAGUGUGAGCAGAAACCUGUUACGAAUAGGGACAGAGAUUCUGCUGGAGUGUGCAGGGAAGCCAUAGCAGAGGGUACUUCCGUGGCUUUUCCUGAUUGCUUUUACUUAAAAUUUCUGGGCUAGUGACCGAGUCAAAGGAAUCUACUGCCAACAGUUUUCAACUUCUGCACCCACUUUGUGUGUCUCAUAGCUCAGAAUGCUUUAUCUACUUUGUCUUAUGUUGCCUUUCAUCUGACAGUUGUGUUACAAGGAAAAGUAGUACAUUGCUAACCAUGUAUUGAGUCUUUUUGCAUGUCCAUGAAUGUGGCAAAGUUUAGUUGGGAACUAGUUGCCUGCUGGACUGCAGAGGCAUCGUAAAAGUGUCUUCCCCAUUCUGACUGGUUGCUGCAUGUACCCAAUAUCUAAGGAAGAAAAAUUGAAAAGUUGAAAGAAGAAAGGAGAUUUCAAGUGAUGCAGAGGACCAUAAACCUCUAAAAAAAGGAAGCCGGACACCUUCAGACAGAACUGUGAA